AUGCAAAGCGAGACAGACAUAACCGAAGUGAAAACUGUGUAUACAUGUGGCAAAUGCUACAUGUUCUAUUACGAGUACAAACAUUUAGUCGAGCAUUUGUACUGGCGGCACGGCACCGAAAGCUUUUGCUGCAAACAAUGCGGCUUGAAGAGGUGGCGAUAUGCCGCACAUAUGUGUCACGUUCUGCCCAUUGACGAGUCGGUUUAUAGCCAGGAGACAUAUUGUUUCUGCGGUAAAGAUGAGUCGGACUCGCCUAUGAUCGGUUGUGAUUCGCCACAAUGCCCGCUGCAGUGGUACCACUUUGAAUGCGUCGGGAUUGCGUCGGCGCCGGAUGGCGACUGGUAUUGUCCGCAGUGCAAGAAGCAUUGGGCGUUACAGGUAGAUAGAAGACAAUAA